GUGGCAGCCCAACACUCCGACGCCGAAAGCCGUAGCCGCAGCAGUGCCGUGUCGUGUCGUCGUGUGCUCAGGUGGCCUAUAGAUCGUAUUAAUAUAUUAUAAAUUGAAUAAAAAAAAAAUUAUAUUAUAUUAGGCGGUAUUAUAGGUAUACUACCUAUAUAAACUUCUACUGACCCGACGCGCGCACUGUGUAACUGCAACGCACUCGGCGGCGAUUCGUCUCACUGUGUUUUCGGGGUUGUUUCCGAACCAUCACUCAGUCGCAUAAUAUAUAGUCUUGUUUUCCCUGACUUUCGUAAGGGAUAGCAAGUUUUUCGCGUGGGCGAUUGCUGUAUUUUCGUAUACAAUACACCUCACGUAAUUGCGCAUAAUAUCGUCACGAUCGCCAUGCACGUGAUGACUAUCAAGUCCGUGAUGACAGCCGUAGUCCUGGCGGCCAUCGUCUGCACGGUCGCGGGAAAGCCCGCGAAAACCAGCAGACUGGCUAAGUAUACGACGCUGUGCAAGCUUUCAGACCCAAAAUUAAGCCAAUGUUUGACUAGCUUAAUGAAAGAUAUUUUAAAGCACUCUAAAUCAGGAAUACCUGAACUUAACAUACCUUCGUUGGAACCAUUUGUUAUUCAAGAAAUUGAUUUAAAAAUAUUCCAAGGUCUGGGUGCCUCUAUUUUUGGUGGUACGGUUCAAAGAUCCGAUAAAUCUAAGGCGUUUGCACGUAAUUUGAUUAUCCAUCAUUCAUCUGAGUUUGAUAUUCAUGAACUUAAGGUGGAUAUUAAAAAGAACGAAUUCUUCAUAGACCUCACUUUCCCAAAACUGCAAAUAGAAGGAGAGUAUGACGUAAAUUUAAUUAUGUUUAAUAUGCCAAUUAAAAGCACAGGACCUGUAUACAUAAAUGCAACUGACAUUGCAGUCAAAGCUACAUUGAACGGUAAAACGAUAAAGAGGAAGAACAACGAGUCUUUAUUAUUGUUCGACAGUAUCGACAUCAAAGUGGACUUUAAAGACUACUCGAUAUCGAUUCAAAAUUUGUUCAAGAAAGACCAAAACCUAAACAGAGCAUUGAACGAUAUUCUCAAGAGUCAAAAAGCUGAGUUGAGGAAAUUAACAAAGCCAAUGAUCGAAGAAUUAGCCGGUAAAAUGGUGCUGUCUAUGAUAAAUCAGAUUUUGACCGGCUUACCGAUUGAGGAAAUUUUUAUAGCAGAGUAAUGUUUGGUAUUACACCAUAUCUAAUGGCUUACCUUAAAUGUAUUUAUUCUUGAUUUAUUUUUAUUGUUAUGUGUAUUUAAUAGCUUAAGGAGAAAAUUGUAACGAAUGUAUGUAUUCGUAUAAAAUGUAUUUUUUAUAUAUUAUAUAGUUACCAAUUUAUGUGAUCAUAUUAAAAAUGGCCAUUUUACUAGCCUUCUAAAAAUAUUUUACAACAUUAGUAUUCAGACUUAUAAAAAACAAAAUAUUUGUGAUUUUAUAUUGUUAAUCUGGAAACAGUUGUUCGUAGGUAAAGUGUUGCGUAAGCUUUUCCACAGUAUCUAAUACGAACUCUUCAAGCACUUUUUGAAUAAUCGGUCUGAGCUCCAUGAAAAACAUUACGAAAUUGGCAUUUAUAGCCAUAUUGAGUACUUCACCUAAGAGAAAAUCAAUACUUAAGAUUAAUUAUGAACAUAAUUUAAGUUGAAUACUUUAUUUUUGAUUUAGUUGAAUAUUAUUUAUAUCAUGUACCUUCAUGUUUUAUAUUUUUUCAAUUUAUAUAUUAACGGGUUUUUUUUUUACCGAUAAUAUUAUAGGUAAAUAAGUUUUAUUUAAUAUUUUAUGUAAGUUUAAUUUUAUAAAUACCUUUAUUUGAUGCAUUAAUAAAAUAUUUAAAACGCUUUAA